AUUGCAUGUCUAAAUUGAUAUUUUUCACGUGAUUAGAUUGCCGGUGCAGCCGGUGUCACGUGACAUACUGGCAAACUGCUUUCCAGUGCUGGAGAUGGUUUGGUGAUGCUCCCGGAGAGACGCAGCCGGGGUCGCUCAAAGAAUUGACUAGUUUUAAGGCUAGACUGGUGGCCCACUCCAUAGGCUAGAUCAGUAGCCUGCACUGCCAACACCCCAGAGGCCUUUCGGACCAGACCACACCAGACAACACCACACAACACAACACAAGCAGGCCAUGGCGACCCAGGAGGAAUCCAGGAAGCUGAAUGGGACCUCAGACCCAGGAGCUGGAGCUGGAGGCCAGGAGUCGGGCAGCGCUAAUCAGCCCAUGCAGCUGAAGAAAGAGAUCUCGCUGCUCAACGGCAUCAGCCUGAUCGUGGGCAACAUGAUCGGCUCCGGCAUCUUCGUGUCGCCAAAGGGGGUGCUGAUCUACAGCGCCUCCUACGGGCUGUCCCUGGUCAUCUGGGCCAUCGGCGGCAUCUUCUCAGUCAUCGGGGCGCUCUGCUACGCCGAGCUGGGGACCACCAUCACCAAGUCGGGAGCCAGCUACGCCUACAUCCUGGAGUCGUUUGGCGGCUUCAUCGCCUUCAUCCGGCUGUGGACGUCGCUGCUGAUCAUCGAGCCCACCAGCCAGGCCAUCAUCGCCAUCACCUUCGCCAACUACCUGGUGCAGCCGCUCUUCCCCACCUGCGAGCCGCCCUACUCCGCCUCGCGCCUCAUCGCAGCCGCCUGCAUAUGUUUGCUGACAUUCAUAAACGCUGCCUAUGUCAAGUGGGGUACCAGAGUGCAGGAUAUAUUCACCUACGCCAAAGUACUGGCCCUCAUUGUCAUCAUCAUUACAGGGGUCGUCAAGCUCUGUGAAGGUAACACAAUGAACUUUGAAUCCUCCUUCACGGGCUCCUCCACGAACCCCGGAGACAUAGCCCUGGCCCUCUACUCCGCUCUCUUCUCCUACUCUGGAUGGGACACGCUUAACUUUGUAACCGAGGAGAUCAAGAACCCAGAGAGGAACUUGCCUUUGGCCAUUGCGAUCUCCAUGCCCAUUGUGACUAUCAUCUACAUCCUGACCAACGUGGCCUAUUACGCCGUUCUGGACAUGAGUGCCAUACUCGCCAGCGAUGCCGUAGCUGUGACAUUUGCAGACCACACAUUGGGAGUGAUGAGCUGGACCAUCCCCAUCGCCGUGGCCCUGUCUUGCUACGGUGGCCUCAAUGCCUCAAUCAUCGCAGCCUCAAGGCUGUUCUACGUGGGGGCGCGAGAGGGUCAUCUACCGGACGCCUUGUCCAUGAUUCACGUCGAGCGAAUCACCCCCAUUCCCGCCCUUCUCUUCAACUGUGGCAUGGCGUUGAUCUAUUUGGCUGUGGAGGACGUCUUCCAGCUCAUCAACUACUACAGCUUCAGCUACUGGUUCUUCGUGGGGCUGUCGAUCGCCGGACAGAUCUACCUGCGCUGGAAGGAACCUGACAGACCCAGACCCCUGAAGCUGACACUGCUGUACCCCAUCAUCUUCUGCUGCUGUACGAUAUUCCUGGUGGCGGUGCCCCUCUACAGCGACACGCUCAACUCCCUGAUUGGCAUCGCCAUCGCCCUGUCCGGCGUGCCCGUCUACUUCCUGGGCAUCUACCUGCCCGAGUCCAAGAGGCCGCCCAUCAUUACAAAACUACUGCGUGGCCUCACGAAUUUUACUCAGUUUACCUGCUUCUGUGUCUUGUCGGAGAAAGACCUGAGUAAGAGUGUUUGAGACGGACAGCCUGUGAACUCACUGCCCUCCCCCUCCACACCAGCAGUCACUCGCCAGGCACCCCCACUUGCCGUUACCCGACCCCUGGACCCUGUUGGGUACUUAAGGACUCGUCCCCUCCAUGCGAGGCCUCACAACAAGAAAAUGCUCCCUGUGGAGCAAAUAAUAUAAAAAUAUAAUAUAAAUAUACAUAUUAAAAUGGUAUCCACUUGGGACUGUUCCACAUAAAACAAACGUGCACUAACACACUUUCACUUGGUGCUCUGUACUUCAUAUGAGCUGUUCGAUUUGGGGGAGCACCACAACACCAAGAACUCCCACACACACCCACACACGCACGCACGCACGCACACACACACACACACACACACUUUUCUGCGUUUUCAUGUGUGCGCUCACCGGGGUAUUGUGCUCCACUCAGGAACAUCACUGAGGAACAGUGAUGCUGAAAGCCUUCAGGGCUAAACAUACACACACACGCACGCACCCACACCAAAUGCCUUUGGGUGCGUGUGCGCACACACGCACACACACACACACACACACACACACACACACUCCGCAAAAGCCUUGGGGCCCUUCCUCAGCCUUAUGGAUUGCUGCUGUCCAAGAGACCCGGGGUACUUGAGUUCUUCAGCCUAGCAGGCCAGGCCUACCAUGCAGUGCAGUAAUGGCCUCCAUUCCUGCAGGGGACAGUAUCGGGUAGCGAGUCUGAAUGGCUGACAUUGGCUCUUCUGAGAUUAUGGACUACCGCUUCAAUUGUGUGUUUUAUUAUUUUAUUUUAAUAAAACAUCGAUAUAUAUAUAUAUAUAUGUUAUUUAUACACUGUUUUUAAAGGACGGUAAAGAUUUCCGAGACUUACUGUUUCAGUGUAUGUACAGUUUAAAUAUUUUAAUUAAUCAUUCAGAGAAAUAGUAUUUAGUGUGCUGUGUUCUUCGGUUUAUGUCUUGAUUUAGAUUUUUUUUCUUUUCAGAAUUUAUAUAAUUUUCAGGCCUUUGAAAUUCUGAGUCUAUUCUUUACAGAAUAAUAUAUUAUGCUGCUAUACAACUUUACAUUAUGCAGUAGGUCUUUUUUUUAUUUACCGUAAAUCACUUUAAAGACUUUGAGAUAUCAGGUGACUGAAUGCAUAUCUAUGAAUGUUUGAGUUUUCCUGCUUUUCCUAAAAAAGGAUGUUGAAAGCAAUCAUUUCACAAUAUUCUAGUGUUAGUACAGUCUGAGUGUCAUACAGUCAGAGUGUAUUCACUAAAAUGUGUAUUUGAGGAGUGUGCAGGUCAACCAUACCAUUCCGCUGUGUUUUUGAUGGCCAUUCUGUUAGUUUAUUGGAAUUAUGAGUAUAUGAGGGGUUCCCUGUCAGUCACUGUGAUGUUAUACCAUAAGUCUUGUCAUUAUUACUGUUUUUUUUGUUUGCACAGUCAUCUGUAUCUCCCAGCUUCAUAUCUUUUUAAACUGAUGGCUGGAGCCAAUCAGUCACUGAACAAAUCAAAACAACACACAGGCUGUACACUGACUUUUACACUUUUUAUUUGGGAGCAAUAAAAGGUUUACAAACUAA